AUGGCCCGUUCUCCUUCUUCCCAAGUGACCGACUUGGACGUGAGAGCAUUGACUGCCCUCCUCAGCCUCAAUGACGUGGAUGACGAUGAGGUCGAAGCUUCGAGAAGGAGAAAGGGCGGGCAAGAUCUGACACCCGCCAGCCUCACGGACAUAACGAAGGUGUCCAGCUCCAGAAGUGGAACCGAUAAUGCGAACAGUGCUGGAUGCCGCGAAUCGACCAAAACAAAGAGUGUUUCCGGGAAUAAAUCCUUGGAAUCGCUGCUCGGUGACGUCUGGGAGGUAGAAGAGGUGAAGCUGGGUCAGUGUGUGGAACCCGCUGACCCGCGACCCCAACCUGAAUAUGAGGUCAACUACAGGCAACGUGUAACCGCCAACCAAGUGUAUUUACCGCUGAGCAGCCUGGCGAGCAACGGCCGCGGGGAGGAGGACCUGGUGGUGCGCGUCGUGCUUCCCGGCGACCUCUUCACCGAAGUCAACCUCGAAGUCACCUCCAGCACCCUUCGCCUUGCCUCGCCCAACCACCUGCUCCACCUGCCCCUCCCGCGCCAGGUGGACCAGAGGAAUGGCGUCGCCACCUGGGAUCCCAACGCCCACACUCUGGUUGUCACGCUGCCCAUAUCUGCACAUGCGCAGCCGUUGCUCAGACCCGCAAGUUCUUCCCGCUAG